GCUCCUCUGAUGGGCACGUUUGGCUGCGGUCCCACCGCAGACACCGUGGUGCCAAGACAGCCUGUGGGGCUCUGGACGGGAGGGAGGGACGUAGACACGCUUCUCUUGGGGCCUCACGGCUCCUCCAGGCGUGUCCCUCCACCCAUCCUCCCCACCCCUGCUGAGCGCCUGGGUUGGCCUUCAAGAGGAAACAACAGACACCCAAGGACGUUUGGGGACACCUUCCAAAAAUGGCGCAGAGUGGACCUGGCCCUGAGAGCCAGCAGGAUCCCAGCGGGAGGGGCCCGAGCACCGCAGCCAGAAGCACGGCCUCGCUGGGGACCCUGGGCUGUCCCCUCAAGCCCCCACACCGCCCAGUCCGCCCGCCCAGCCUUAUUCCUCGGUGCAGGGAGCGACCCCUGCCACCGGGACAGACAACUCUGCCGCUGCAUCUGAAACCGCAGGCCCUCGGGGCGGCGGGGGAGGCAGGGCUGAGGGGGUCACCCGCGCUGCCUCCUGCAAGCUGCCCGGCCACGCGACCCGUGUCCACGCCGAGAGCCGGCCACCCACCCGUGAGCCCCGCACGUCGUUACCUGUGCGGCCGCCUCCGUCCGCCUGCUCCCCGCCGAGUCCUCCGUGCCUCCUCUGCCCGGCGGCUGCCAGCGAUUUGCGGUGGGUUUUGUUUGCCAGUCCGGCCCCCGUGCCCACCGGUCCCCGGGAGGCGCCCCGCCCCGCCGCCCGUUCGUGGCAAGCGUCCACGUCCCCUUCCCUCCUGGCCCCCACGGUGCCAGCGCGGAGGCACCGGCAGGGACGGAGCCCGGCCAGCCUCCCGCAGCCGAGUGUCGCCAGGCGGCCGCUGCGGCUUUUCUUGUAUUUUAAACACACACACACACACACACUCUCGCACACGCACACACGCCGAGCCCCCCGCCCCUGACAACACGCAUCCCUUCUGUCGGGGAGCAGCCCCAGCCAAGAAAGCCGGGAGCGAGCAGAGCUGCGCCAGCGCGGAAGCCGGGCCCGGACUCAAGCCCCCCCCUCCCCGCCGCCUCCCUCCCACGGAACUCCUGUCCGCCCGGAGGGGGUCUCCUGACCAGGCGCCCCUCGUGGCCACACGCGGCCCCGGCCCGUCCCCGAGGGGAGCUGCUUGCCGAGCGCCGGCCGCCAGCUAGAUGGCCGAGGGCCUGGCCUUCUCGAGCCCACGGUCCACCACGGGCGGGGCCGCAGGGAAGGCGCCGGGUGGGUGCGCCUGGCCUCGUGGGAGUGGGGCCCUCGAUGCGCGAGACGGGCCGGCCUCCAGCCGAGAGGGGGCCGUGGACGCGGGGCCCCUUCCGUCCCCACGGCCCACGGGUUUGGCGGCCAGCAAGCGGCCCGGAGGGAGGGGAGACUCUGGCCCGGCUCUGGUGGCUGCUCAGGGCCAAGGUCACGCAGACGCGCUCCGCUGAGGCCUGAGUGCCCGUCUGGGCCAACGGCCGCCCGUCCUCGAGAAGCCUCCCUUAAGCCGUGUCUUUGGGCCCCGCCCUGCUUCUCUGUGUCUCCUUUUUCUCACCGCUGAUUUAAGGACUCGAUCGACGACUUCCACACCCUCGCUCUCCGGACGGACAAGGAGGAAGGGCCACUGCAGGAUGCCAGGUGGAGGCCCGGUCACCUCCAGGUGCAGGCUCCACCCGGAGACCUCUCUCCGUCCGGAACCUCCCUGCCUAAAGCUCUGCUCGUGGUGGGACAAGGCCCCUGCCUGCGUCUCCGGCUCUGGUGGCUGCUCUGGUUUCCUGCCCUCACCUCACAGCCCGUCAAGCCCAGCGGCCUGGGCUACAAGAGGUUCUGGAAGGAACGGCCCCUGAAGCCCUGCCCUCCUGCCGCCUCCUUGCGCUCACUCGGCUGUCCUCCACACACCUCUGGCUGCUUCUGGAAGAUUCUAGCAGCCUCUGCCGAGGUGCCAGCAGUUCCCGCUCCCCUCCCGCCCAGCGCCCCCUGCGCAUUGGAGGCUUGCUCGCCUGCCACCUUAGGGGCCUUCCCUGGCCACACCUGUGUUUUUAAUCGAAAAAUCCACAUAACGCACCAGUGGCCCUCGAAGCGACAGGAAACUGCACAGUUCAGGCCACCGCCUCUACCUGCUCCAGACACUUCCGUCCCCGCGAGCGGAGGCCCGCCCCAGCCCCAGCCCGCCGGCCCCCUUUCCGUCUGGAUUUGCCGGCUCCGGGUGGUUCACGUCGCAGAGCGUUGGAUUCGUGGCUUCUCUCUGGCACGGCCUUUGCAAGGCUCGUCCACGCCGUGGUCUGCAUCAGACCUUCCUGCCCUUUUUCGGGGCUCCUCGUUUCCUCCUUGCAGGGCGCAUCAGCGUCCUUCCACGUGGAGCAGGGCCUGACUCAGCGCUCCGUCCCCGGCACCCACGCCGGGCGUGGCAGGCACCCCACUCCAGUCCCACACCCCGCGGACGAGGACACAGCCCCUCACCCGCCGGGCUCUGCUCCCUGCCGCGUUUCCCCUCCAGCGUGUGAUGUGAUGGGGGCGGGGCGCACCCCCGAGGCUAGGGGACCUGGCGUCUGUGGCCACCGUGGCAGCUGCCGUGUUGUCCAGCCAGGUGACACCUGCAGGCUGGGUGUGGUUGUGGGAUCCAGGCCCGUGGCCCGUCUACGAACGUCCCUUUCUCGGUCCCCGUAGGAGGGAAGAUCGGGAGGGUCCAGAACAGCCUCUGAAAAUGAAAUGAGACGAGGUUGCGGGGACAGGUGUGGACGUAAGACCAGGCCUGUGGCACGGGGCAGGGCCGGGGAGGGCAGGCCGUCGGGAAGGCGGACCCGCGGCCACAGCCAGGGUGACCCCGAGCCCCGCCUCCUCAGGGUGCCUGUGUGCACAGCUGCGGAGGCUCGCGCCAUGCCUCCCCACCCCAAGCUCUCCUGGGGCUCCAGCUGUCACCCUGAUGGAUGGGCUGAGUCGGGGGACCCCGGCUGGGCCAGCGCCUCAUCCAUCACUGGGGGCUCCUGGCGGGCCGGCCGCAGCAGCUGCCUGAGUGGCCUGGUACGUGCCUUCAGUCCCUGUCACCCCAGCCUCUCCAGCCAGAGCGGGUCGGUGAAUGGCUGGGUCACACCUGCCCCCCUUGGCCCCCAGGACCCCGGCCGGGCGGCGCCUGGCGCUGUCUGGGCCGCGGGGUUUAUGGUGGUUCACCUGCCAGAGGGGCACUCCCAGGGCACCCUGGCUUGCCUGCUGCUCCCUGCACAGCCUCGCCUCUGCGGGUCACCCAGUCUGGGGCUGUCCUGUGGACGGAACCAGGGGGUGGGGGUGGGGGUGCUGUCUGGUGACCCCACGUGCAGAGACGUGUCAGCCGCCGGCCUUGGUCCAGACCCAGCUUCCCCAAGGUGCAGACUUUCACCUUCUGUGACCUUGCGUGCCUCAGUUUCCCCAGUGGAUAAUGUGCUCACAGGCUGGGUGAGGCCUCAGGGGAGCACUGGAUACAAAGGUGUGAGCAGUUGCUAGUGUGGGUGAAGCACGCUGUUUUUACAUUUGAGUGUCGGGUGGGCUUGUGGACCGUGGGAGCACGUGGUCUGAGUGUGUGUGGACCCACGAGGGGGCACGCCACGGAGGUGGUGUGUGCCUCAGCGGGUGAGUGGGCUGGAGGGCCCCUGGGUCAGCAGCCACGUGCUGGGUGAGGUGCUGGUGAGGUAUGGCUCCCCCAGAGCCUCGGGAUGCCCCCGUCUUUCCCACCCAGGCAGGACAGGAGCACUUGUGUUCAUUGGUGUCCUGGUUUGCCCUGGAAAACUUGAGGAGGUGUCGACGACAGGAAGCGGUAGAGACCGAUGUCAUCUCCUUUCCUGCCUUCCUGGAACACAUGCUGCCAGCUGCUGCCCCGGGGCCUUUGCACAUGCGGUCCUAGCAGCCGGGAAGACUCUUCCUCCAGGGAUCCACAUGGCUCGCCCCCUCACUCCUCCCGGUCUCUGCACCAGUGCCAAGUUUGCAGGGAGGGCUUCCCAGAGUGCACCUCCCACGUGGCCAGGCCCACGCCUCAGACCUGCUUCGCUUCCACUGUAAUGCUGCCCUCAUGUAGUCUGUCAAUUGGCUGUCUUCGCUGAUUGUCCCCCACUCAACGCCAGCUCCGUGGGGGCAGGGCCUUGUCCCGCCCGGCUGGAAAAUGGGCGGCAGGUGUUGCCUGAAGAGUCAGGGGAGGCCGUGCUCCUAGACAGGGUGGCUGGUCCCCACACACAGGGGGCUCCUCUGCCCUCACUGCCCCCAGCGGUGGCACCGGUGGGGGUGGGGAGGGGAGCUGCCCUCCGCCCUCCGUGGAGGCCUCCCCGUGGCUGCCUGGGGGCCCGCAGCACCGACCCCUGAAAUGAUGACGGGCCCGUCUGUGGGGCGCUUGCCGCGUUCCAGGCCCCCACCAGGUGGCCUUUACCUGUAGCCAGUCCUCCCGACAUCCAUUCCCCAGGGGGGCCGCCGCCUGGAGACAAGGGGCCCACAGCCUGACUCGGACACGCCCCCUGGGUGGGGCGUGUGUGCGCAUGCGAGCUGUUCUGCCGCGGGGUGCCGGGAAGCAGGCCCCCCCCCGUGGCACCCCAAAACGCUGCCUGCCGGUGUGUGCCGGUCUCCGUGGCGUGAAGGCCUCCCUGGGUGGCAGACGUCUCUGAGUGCGGAGUGGGGAAGAGCUGAGCGCCACCGCGUCCGCGGGCCGAGGGCACCUGCCUGCAGGCACCUGUGCCCCCGCGUGCGCGAUGGCGCGGGCCGGCUCUUCUCGAACGUCGACGUGAGUCUCCGAGCCUUAUUUUGUGCCCGCGGGCUUACGGUGCAAGGUUUCCACAUCACAGCGCUGCUGGGGUUGCGCGCAAGUAUUUAGGGGUGAGAGGCGUCGCGUCUGCAACUUACUCCCAGCGUUUGGAAACGUGUGUCCGCGUGGGCAGAAAGUGAUGAAAUGCAGUAAAACGAUACCAGUUGAGGAAACCGGGCGAAAGGGGAAGGGACGUUCCUUAUGUCAUUCCUCCACGUUUUCUGUAGGUUUGAAAUAAUUUCAGGACAAAAAGUUGUAAAGUAACGAACAGCCUCCCCCCCACCCCCACCCCGCCCAAAACAAGCGAUGGGCGACGUCCCGUGGACUUUCUCCUUUGUGGCACCGGAGUAAUGCAUCCGUGACCAUGUCUCCUAACGGGGGGGGGGGGGGGGGGCGGCCCGUGGGUCUCUGCGCCCCGUACUCAGCCCAAGCGCAGGGGAAGCUGGAUGUGGUCUCCCGCAUUCUCUCCGGCCCGUCAUCCUCGCGGCCACCGUGGGGGCAGCCGACCUUCCUCUCUUUCUGGGUUCUCUUGCUUUAUCUUUAUUUCACGUACUUCCUCUGGGUUGUUUUCUUUAUAGUUCGAGUUAAAUUCCAGCUACUUAACGUGCAACCUGACGUGGUUUUGGGGUAUACGGCCGACGUGGCACUCACAUGUGACACCUGGCCACGGGUGUCUUCUCACCUUGAUCUGGACGCCCUUCCUCCCGGGUUUACCAACGGCCAUGACCGUAAGUGCAAACAUGUAGAGAUUUCAUUAUGUUAGCGUUUAGACGUUUUGUGGUGGCAGUCUUGGCUUCCGUUUUGUCAGUUAGGUUAUGUCUUAAAUUCUAUCUGGGAAUUGGGACAACGCUUUAAUUGUGAAUCAUUUAUAUUGUGGUCUGUGAGUCCUGCCUGGGUAACGUCUGAGGCAUCCACCCGUCCCGGCUGUCCUGGCACCGAGGGGCUUCCCAGGACACGAGACCUGUAGUGCCGGGCAAACCGGGACCAGCUGGUCACCCUCCCCGAUGAGGAGGACCUUCCCCUGAAGAGUGAUUUGUUUUAGUACUUGUGACAAGGGAACUUGAAAAGAACCUGUUUCCUGAGUGUGGGGCACAGAGUUUAAAUUUAGACCUACUUAAUUAAUUUAAUCAAUGACCUUUCUCAGUUCCUCUCUAUUUUUUUUUUUUUUUUUUUUGCUAAUUUGAUUAGUCAAAAAUUCAGGAAAGUGUGCUAAAGUGUAGCCACUGCUACUGUAUCUGUCCAUUUUCACAUUUUUUUCAAGCCACGUUUGCCUGACAUAUUGCAGCAUUGUUACUUUUCGCAUAAAAGUUUAUUAUUGUAAAAUUGAUAAGCCUUUAGCAAGACUGACACAACAAAGACGAGAGAAGACGGAAACUGCCAACAUCAGACCCCGGGGCCCUUACAGAUGUCAUCAAGGAAUAUCACAGAAAACUUCUCGCUCAUGCCUUCGACACCUUGGAAGAAAUGGACCGGCUCCUUGAAAAGCACACACUAAGGGGCACCUGGGGACUCAGUCGUUAAGUGUCCAGCUUCAGCUUAGGUCAUGAUCUCACAGUUCAUCCGUUCGAGCCCCACGUUGGG